AUGACCCGCGUUGACCUGUCCCUGCGGCAAGCCAUUCUACUCAAUGAUCUCGCGUUAGUGCAGCGAAUCCUGAAGCACAAUCUCUCAUACCUCCAAAACCCGGACUUUGAAGACAAGAGCAACACGUCGUUGCAUCUUGCUGCGAAAUAUGGACUGGAAGAGAUUGCGGCGUUUCUGAUAUCUCUCGGUCAUGAUGGCACUCGCCCGGUCGAAGAUUGGAUCUACAGUGCCCAGCACGACAAUCGGGGCAUCUCCGUCAACACAGACGGCCAAACACCUCUGCACCUAGCUGCGGCCAAUUCUCAGGCCGGAGUUGCUGAACUCCUGUGCAGGCAGUUCCCACAGACUGUCAAUCGCAGAGACCGCAAAGGCCAAACACCUCUCCAUCUCGCAGCAUCCUCCCAGAUUAUCCCUAAGCCGAAUCUCAGCAACUUUGCGACCAACGGCCCGUCAAGACCGACCCCGGAAGACAACAGAACGAUAGAGAUCCUCCUUGUCCACGGUGCGAAUGUGAACGCGAAGGACGACCUGGGAAAUACAUGUCUUCACAACGCAAGUGCAUGGGGGAACCUCAAGGCCAUUCGCGCCUUGAUCCAAGCGGGCGCAGACCCCUUAAGUAAGAAUAAGGCUGGCUGGACUCCUGAGUACUACAGUAUCACAGUGCAGGCAGAGGUCUACUACCGGAAUUUGGUCGCAGAAUGGGAGAAGAGGAAAGCAGAGGACGAGAUGCGGGCCAGCGAGAGAAGAGGGAAAGGGGGCGGAUCUGUCCGGCUGGUACCACAAGAGAAUGAAAGCGACGACGAAGGAGACAACUCGUCGAUCACGGGGAGAAGCCUUGAGAGAAGUACAACAAGGAGUCCUCUGCCUGGGUUUGUCGCUGGUGCUGGAGCCGGAUCUGACGUUGGCAACUCAGCGGGACAGAGUGAUGCAGGCUUGGGCAUCAGCGUAGGCUACGUGGACGCUUGGAAAUGA